CUCUCCUGCACAGUCGCACUUCCUCGUUGCCUCCCUUUCUCCAUCUCGCGCUCUCUCCCUCGUCGACGUCGUGCUUCAGCUCUAGCACUCCGUCGCUGCCGUUGCUUCUCGCAGACUCAAUUUCGUUGCCGUCACAGCUUCGGCUCUCACAGACUCACGCUCAGUCUCUCUAUCUGCUCUACCUCUCGUCUGGGGAUAUUGUCCAAGGCCAAAGUUUGCCCUUAAGAAUUAUCUCAACAAAAAUCUAUCGGGUGAGCAAGGAGCAAAGGAUUCAUAGAAGGCAGACCAGGAGGAAGAAACAAUUGACAAGAGCAGCAGCGUGAUGACUGCUCAGCUAUCUGUCUCAUGGUUGUCCAAGGCUCCGACAGUACCUGAGAGAUUUGUGCCAGGUGGACGCCGAAUAUGCCCAUCCACUCUUACACCCUCAGCAACCCUCUCAUCUCAAUCUCCCACCAUACAGAUAAUUGGUGUGAAAAGUUCUAGCUGGCAAGAAAAUGGAUUUGCCAAUUCCAACACAUUCCAUGGUGAUCAAGGGGAGAGCACUUGGACUGAUCUUGACACUGAUCUUUAUUACUGGACAAAGGCAGUACGGCCAGUGCAGUGGUUUCCCGGUCAUAUUGCAAAAGCUGAAAAAGAACUUAAGGAGCAGCUCAAAUUGAUGGAUGUUGUGAUAGAAGUGCGCGAUGCUCGAAUUCCCAUGUCCACAAGUCAUCCACAGAUGGAUUUAUGGCUUGGUAACAAGAAGAGAAUUUUGGUUUUAAAUAGAGAAGACAUGAUAUCAACUGCAGACCGCAAUGCUUGGGCGACAUAUUUUGCUAAGCAGGGCAUAAAGGUUGUUUUCUCCAACGGACAACUUGGAAUGGGCACAAUGAAGCUAGGCAGGUUAGCAAAGACAUUGGCAGCUGAUGUAAAUGUCAAACGUAGAGCCAAAGGACUACUCUCUCGACCAGUACGAGCUGGAAUAGUUGGAUAUCCUAAUGUUGGAAAAUCAUCUUUAAUUAACCGUUUGUUAAAGCGAAAAAUGUGUCUAGCAGCUCCCAGACCAGGUGUCACUAGAGAAUUGAGGUGGGUACGUUUUGGAAAAGAUCUUGAGUUGUUGGACUCUCCUGGGAUACUUCCAAUGCGAAUCAGUGAUCAGUCAGCUGCAAUAAAACUUGCCAUAUGUGAUGAUAUUGGGGAGAGAUCCUAUGAUGUUGCUGAUGUUGCUGCAAUUCUUGUACAGAUGCUCACAAGGCUUCCUCCAGUUGGUGCAGAUGCUCUCCGAAAACGGUACAGGAUUGAUGCAGAUGGUCUCUCUGGUAAAAUGCUUGUAGAAAAGCUUGCACUUAAUGUAUUUAACGGUGAUGUUCAUCAGGCAGCAUUCCGCAUUCUGGCAGAUUUUCGUAAAGGCAAGUUUGGUUGGACUGCACUGGAGAGACCGCCAAGGUGACCGAUGGAUAUUGUUUUCCUUUCAACGAAAAACAGAAAUUUGUGAACCUCCAAUUAUAAGGAAUGCCAGGAAGCUCAGGCACCAGAACUCAAUCAUUCAUUGAGAUACCAGUGAGUAUUAAAUGACAUGGUUGAAUGUAAAGCUUGCGACUUUCUGUAGUCAUUAUGCAAUGGUCAUUGAAUUUGGAGAUUGCGGCUCAGAAAACAGAAGAUUCAGCUGUUAUGGCUUCCUGCUAUACGAUUAAUGUGGUCCAGAAUUCACCCUAUAUCAGUUUUGUAAUUAUGUUUAUAACCUUGCUUGUAACCAUAGGAGGCAGGUGAGACCAAAUGCCCAAUGAUGCUAAUAGUAAUUGUAUGAAAUCACUAUUGUCUUGUGUAUAUCAAGUGAUCCAUUUUUGAA